AUGGCUGUCCUGGGGACUUCGCUGCCGCUCUGGCGGAGCCUUGCGCCUCGUCUAUCGAAAGAACUGCUUACCUGCCGGCAAUGCCUGCGCAACCAGAGUUAUGCCGCCAAAUCCGCUCGUCGUUUCGGCGCAAUGCCCUCCCCUCAACCCACGAAAAUCCGCUCGCCCUUGUUCUCAGAUAAGAGCCGUCAAUUCUUCACGUCAAGUUUGAGACGAUCCGCAGCUGCCCCUGCGGUGGCUGGGGCCGUCGAGGAAACGGCAGCCAAAACCAAAACCACCUUCCCCAGAAUCAGCGAUAAAUCGGUUGCCUACUUCCUUCUUGCCAGCGCAGCGAGUGUUUUUGGAAUUGUGGUUUUCGGUGGAUUGACGCGUUUGACAGAAUCAGGAUUGAGCAUCACGGAAUGGCGGCCUGUUACUGGUUCUAUGCCGCCCAUGAACGACGAAGACUGGGAAGCCGAAUUUGCGAAGUACCGCGCAUCUCCCGAAUUCAAGCAACUGAACUCUCACAUGAACCUGGACGACUUUAAGUCGAUUUACUAUAUGGAAUGGAUCCACCGUCUUUGGGGCCGAUUCGUCGGCAUGUCGUUCGUCAUCCCCGCAGUAUACUUCGUUGCCCGGAAGAAGGUCUCGACGCCUAUGGCCUGGCGCCUGCUCGGUAUUGCUGGUCUCAUCGGUUUCCAAGGUUUCUUGGGCUGGUGGAUGGUCAAGUCGGGUCUCAAGGAUGAUCUGUUUGCGCCGGGCAGCCACCCGCGCGUGAGUCAGUACCGUCUAACUGCUCACCUGGGCGCUGCUUUCACCUGCUACGUUGCUAUGCUCUGGAAUGGACUGGCUAUUCUCCGAUCCCACCGCUUGAUGGCUGAUCCUGCCUCUGGCGUGAAACAACUCGAGGCCCUCCGCGACCCGCGAUUGGCAUUCUUCCGUCGCUCUGUUGCCGGUCUGGCCCUUCUAGUUUUCACUACUGUCAUGUCUGGUGGCCUUGUUGCUGGUCUGGACGCUGGUCUCAUCUACAACGAAUUUCCGUAUAUGGGCAAUGGCCUUGCGCCGCCCAGCUCUGAGCUGUGGGACGCUCAUUACUCCCGCCAUGAAGAUCGCUCCGAUCUCUGGUGGCGCAACAUGCUGGAGAACCCUUCCCUCGUCCAGCUUGACCACCGCAUUCUCGCCAUGACGACCUUUACCUCUAUUGUGGCCUUGUUCGCUUACACCCGCCGGUCUCCUACUAUGAAGCGCAUGCUGCCCCCUGCCGCUCGUAGGGGCAUGCACGGUGUCCUUGGCUUCGCUUGUAUGCAAGUCGGCCUGGGUAUCUCUACUCUGCUUUAUCUCGUUCCCACUCCGCUCGCCUCGGCCCACCAGGCCGGUAGCUUGUUCCUGCUCACUUGGGUCAUCAUUCUGGGAAGCCGUGUCUGGCAUCCCUCUCGUACCGCCAGGCUUCUUCAGAUGGCUGCCAAGGCCCGUGGCCAACAGCUCUCGUCUGCCACUGCGGGUGCAGCGAAGCGAUUGUAA